UUUUUGGAGCAAAGAUGAAGGUUAUCGCUGCCUACUUGCUCGCUGUUCUGGGCGGAAACACCAGCCCUUCUGCAGAUGAUUUGAAGAACAUUCUUGGAUCAGUUGGGGCUGAUGCUGAAGAUGAUAGAAUUGAGCUGCUGCUCUCUGAAGUUAAGGGUGAAGAUAUUACAGAGUUGAUUGCAUCUGGAAGGGAAAAGUUAGCUUCUGUGCCUUCUGGUGGUGGUGGUGCCAUUGCAGUGGCUGCAAGUACUGGUGGCGGCGGAGGUGGUGGUGCAGCACCUGCUGCAGAUGAGCCAAAGAAAGAAGAGAAGGUGGAAGAGAAAGAGGAGUCAGAUGAUGACAUGGGCUUUAGUCUUUUCGACUAAGGGAUUCUGAUUCUGGUCCUUGAGCACGAAGCCAUUUCUUCCCAUUUUCUAGUGAAGUUUUGGUCAGUGGAGGGUUAAUUUAUGAGAAUUUUGGAGGGUAUUUGUUCUUUUCCUGUUAGGUAG